AUGAACCCGCAUCAAGAUCCCUGGCGAGUGAGGAUUAACGGCCCAGCCACCCAAGAGUAUGAAGGCCCUAUAGCUGGUGACACCGGAGCUUGUGACGGAGGUAGCCGAAGGCCAUUCUGUCUUGGAACAUUUGGGAGCGGAUCACAUGCAGUGGCUGGGUUUUUAGGGAAGUGGGCCGCAGAAGUCGAGAAGAGGGAUCUAAGCAAGGAGUGGCAUGCAGUGAGUAAUGCAAGUCAUAGGGUGGUAGAGGAAAUAUUAGGAAAAUCAUCUGACCACUAUGAGUGGAAGAAAUUGCUCAUGUGUAUAGUGUCAGGAGCUUUAGGGUUAAGAAGAGUGAAGGCCGAUCUUCCAAGUGGAGAAGUAGAAAUUUGGGAGCAAGCAAACUGGCAGCUCGCCUUAAAUAAAGGUAUCCAAUCUCCCUGGAACCAACAGGCAGCCGGUCAAGGGGCCUUGGUGGCAUUGACUUGUUUAAUAAGGGCCUUACUAGGGAACCGAAGGGGCGGUCCAGAAGUAAGUCAAGGAACAGAGGAAUUAUGCCAAAAUCUCUGGUCCUUGGUAAAAAUUAACACGCGACAACCAGACCAAGGUGAAACCACCAAGGACAUCAAAUCACUAGGCCAGUUCCUGAACCUGCUCCCCGAGAACCCGGAGGGAGGGAGCCUACGGUAUGGUAGUUUGGGGCUUCUGUUGAGUAUAUAUUAUGGGAUGAAUAAAUGCUGUAAGAGGGAAGCCCCUUUUGAAUUAACAGGAUUAGUUGAUAAGGGCAGCUGGGAAUUGGGGGGUAUGGGAGCAUGUACAAUAAAUCAGGACGUUCUUAGCUGUAGUGGGGAUUAUUCACAGCGAGACCAAAACAGACUGACAAUAUGGAAGGCUGGUUCCAGCGUAUUAUUCAGCAAGACCCCCCAGAAGAUAGGGGACCAAGAGUUGAUCCAACUAGAGGAAGUUAGCCCAGAAUCUGAAGGAGAUUUCAUGAGACCGGUUAAAGUCUCUCCUAAAACUGACCAAAGCGGGAGCCAAAGUAGUAGCAAGCCGGACGUGGGUGGUAUGAUUGGGGGGCUAGUAGGGGUUAUAUUAGCCGUAGCGAGUGUCUAUGGUAUAUCUCGUGUGUAUUUUGGACGCAGUCGCCGCAAUUCGAGGAGGGGGAUCGCUGGUCGUGAUAGUGAAGUGUACAUCAGGUAUGAAAAAUCCCAGGGAGCUUACCCCCCAGAGGGGCGAACACCCCCAAAUAAGGUUGAGAUCGAAUAG